AGCGUUUAUUGGCAUCCAAUGUAUUGGAGGACGAUCGAUCAUGAACAUGAUAUUUGGAUUCAAAACGAUGCUUUCAAAUAAUCGUAACGAAGAUAACGUUAACAUGCAUGACAUCAUGGGCAAUCCAAUAUGUGUUUAGACAAUAAUUUGGAUACUAUGUCUUGCUGAGGUAUAUUUUAGUAUGGAAACUAAAUACAAUAGGUACUUUGGACAUUUUAAAUGGAUUGAGUGCAUUUUCAGGAUUGAGUAACUUUUUAUAGAAAAAAACAAAUGGGAGUAAAUAGUGCAGCAAAAACAACAACAGCAACAAUGGAUUGGUUUCACAACCUAAAUAUUUCAGAAAUAGAUGGAAUAGAAGUCAUGCAAACUUUUUUCACGGAUCAUCGACAUAGCAAUAACAGUAAUAGAUUUUCUCCGUUGAGUUAUACUAUUGUUGGCGUGUGUCUUGUCUGUAUUUGCGUCGUAGGGAUCAUAAUGAACAGCUUGGUUUUAUUGACGUUUUUGCGGAAACCAAAACAACGGACACCUAGAAACUAUUUCAUAAUUGCAAUUACUGCUUGCGAUCUUCUUCUUGGUGCUAUAGGAACUCCUUUAUCAGCGGCUUCAUAUCUCGCCCAUAGGUGGUUAUUUGGUCGAAUAGGUUGUGAAUACGAAGCUUUUAUUCAAUUUUUCGUGGGGCUCUCUGGAAUAUAUUUAUUGGCGAUGUUAUCUCUUGACCGCUAUCUAAUUAUAGUUCGCCAAGUAUGCCGGGUGUCUUACACAAGGUAUGUUGUGAUGAUAACUGUUUGUUUACUGUCAGCGUUAAUUUGGGCAACGCUUCCGCUGAUUGGCUGGAGUUCCUACCAACUCGAAGCAGCAAAUACGUCAUGUAGUGUCAACUGGGCGAGCAAACACCCCAAGGAUGUGUCAUACGUCAUCGCAAUAUUUAUAUGUUGCUUGGCAUUUCCUGUAAUGGUCAUGUUGUUUUCUUACAGCUCUGUAUAUUUACUGACCAGAAGAAUAAGCUGCAAUUCGAAAAAGAAAUUUGGAAGUGAAUCCCGGAUAACAAGACGCAAUAUCCGACAGGAGGGGCAACUCACCAGGACGAUCUUAAUGAUGAUAGGUGCUUAUUUACUUUCCUGGACCCCUUAUUCCGUUGUGUCACUUUGGGCAGCGACGGGAAACCCCAGAGAUAUUCCCACCACAGCGGCUGUCAUACCCGCAAUACUAGCGAAAUCAGCCAUUGUUUGGAAUCCUGUUGUUUACGUAGGAAUGAAUAAAAAGAUCAGAGAUGGAUUAAUAGAUAUGUUGCCGUGUAAAUCAAUACAUGGCGAGACAAAUGGAACGAACGACUCUUCUAGGACAACUGAGGAACUUAAGAUGAGGCCGUUGAGAAGACGUCUUUCAGAAUUAAUUUUACGACGAAAUAGUUCUAUUACGGGGUGUCCAAGAAGUACUGUCUGCGUUCGUGCUCAUGUAAAUGACCACCCUUGUUAAAACCUAUGCCAAUAGGAACAUGAAUUCAAGGAUGAUAUAAGUCUUCAUUUUACAAACACCCUGCACCUUAUCAAGCUCCCGUGUUGUCGAUAUAUACAUCAAAUGUUGGUGGUGGUACUACGCGAAUAAACUUAUGUGGAUAAAGUGUUUAAUUUAUGUACUUGUCUAUUCGUGGCGCACUUUAUUUAAUCACGGAAAAAUACAAUUCAUGAAUUUUUAAAAUUUUGUAAUUCAGCUUCUCGAAAUUUUUUUAUGGGGAGAGCCCCUUUGUCUCAAAGACACCAGCAUAUGAAAUUUGAACCAAAUUCGUCCACUAGAAUUCUAGUUAUCAACGUUUUCAAUUUUUACGAAAAGUGGCGCAUAUUU